AUGAGCGUCACCCAGGAGUCGGUCAUUGCGCUGCGUCAUCCAUCCGGAUCCUGCGCCGAGAUCAAUUUAUACGGAGCAACUGUCACCUCGUUCUACGCAGCAAACGAGCCAGAACGUAACGUGCUCUUUGUGUCCAGACACGCAGUACUCGACGGUCGUAAACCUAUCCGCGGUGGGAUCCCACUCGUGUUCCCAGUUUUUGGAGCUGCUAAGGGGUUCCCGAACCACGGCUUUGCACGGAACUUCAAGUGGAAAGCGACUCAAGUCGAGCAGAGUGGGAGAAGUGAUGACGAACAUCCGAGUACCGCCACGUUUGUGCUCGAAAGUUCAGACGAAAUCAAGGCCAUGUACCCCUACGACGUCACGCUCGUGUACGACGUGAAACUGUUUGCGAAUGAGCUCAUCACGGCGCUCUCGGUCCAGAACAAGUCGGAGCAAGAGGUGACGUUUCACGCUCUCUUGCACACGUACUUGUCGGUCGACGACGUGCGUGAAGGACGCGUUCGGGUCGAAGGUCUGAAGGGACUUCGAUAUUUCGACAAGGUACUGGCUGAAGCUGGAGACAAGACGGAGCAGACAGACGCACUCACGGUGGAGCAAGAGACGGACCGCAUCUAUAUGAACGCCCCCUCGUCUGUUGUCGUUCGGAUGCAACGACUGGACGACAAGAAACAGCAGGUCGUCACGAUUGACAAGAUGGCGUGUCUCAAGAGCUCGUCGACGUCUGGCGAUCUCGUGUCUCAAAAGGUUGAUGUUGUCGUGUGGAACCCGUGGAUUAACAAGGCCAAGAGCAUGAGCGACUUUGGAGACGACGAGUAUUCGACCAUGCUCUGUGUUGAACCUGGCUGCGUGAGUGAGCAGCAGAAACUUCCGGGUGGACACACGUACAUGCUACAGCAGAACAUUCGACUCUCGGCCUUGUAG